AUGGAGAAGUACAAGCCGCUGGCGUACAACUCCACCAGCGAGAGAAAGCUGAGAUUCGCGAACUUCGCGGCAAACCUGGUGUUCAUGCUUCAGUCUGGGAAGAAACACGAGGCCUUCACCAUGGCGGUGAUCGGGGGGGACAUGUCGCCCGAGGAGUUCCGGCAGACGCACCUGGGGCUGAACCCGUCGAAGCCCACUCUUGGGGCUGAGCCGCCCACGGGCCAGUCGGUGCCCGCGAGCCUGGACUGGGUCGCGCUUGGCGGCGUGACGACGCCGCUGAACCAGGGCUCGUGCAACUCCUGCUGGACCUUUGCCACCUCCGGGUCCCUGGAGGGCGCGUGGUUCGCCCAGACAGGAGACGGGGAUCUCUGGUGUCUCUGA